AUGGGUGGCUGCAUUCCUUUUCUGAAGGCAGCAAGGACACUGUGCCCCAGAAUCAUGCCCCCUUUGCUGUUGUUGUCCGCCUUCCUUUUUUUAGUGAACGUCCUGGGAGGAGCCCCAGGAAACAAUCCGGACCGCAGAACGAAAAUGAUAUCAAUACACAGUCUGUCGGAGCUGGAGCGUCUGAAGCUGCAAGAGACUGCUUACCACGAACUCGUGGCCAGACAUUUCCUCUCUGAAUUCAAACCUGACCGAGCUCUACCUAUUGACCGUCCAAACACCUUGGAGAAGUGGUUUCUGAUUCUGAGAGGACAGCAGAGGGUCGUAUCACUCAAGACGUUUGGCAUUCGCCUGGAAGAGGUCCUGGUGAAUGAGCUUACCCGCCGCAAGCAUCUUGAACUAACAGCCGCGAUGCAGAUUGAAGAAUCCACUGGUCAGGCCUCGGGACGUCGUCGGGGAAACGUGGUGCAAAGGAUGUUUGGCCGCAUCAGGCGCUUUUUCAGUCGCAGACGGGAUGAGCCCACCUUGCCCCGGGAGUUUACUCGCCGUGGGCGUCGAGGGGCAGUGUCCGUGGACAGCCUGGCUGAACUGGAGGAUGGGGCCCUGCUGCUGCAGACCCUGCAACUUUCCAAGAUUUCCUUUCCGAUUGGCCAGCGACUUCUGGGAUCCAAAAGGAAAAUGAGCCUCAAUCCGAUUGCUAAACAAAUCCCCCAGGUUGUUGAGGCUUGCUGCAGCUUCAUUGAGAAACAUGGCUUAAGCACAGUGGGAAUUUUUACCCUGGAAUACUCAGCAGAGAGAGUGCGUCAGCUCCGUGAAGAAUUUGAUCAAGGUCUGGAUGUAGUGCUGGAUGAUAAUCAGAAUGUGCAUGAUGUGGCUGCACUCCUCAAGGAGUUUUUUCGGGACAUGAAGGACUCUCUGCUGCCAGACGAUCUGUACAUGUCCUUCCUCCUGACAGCAACUCUAAAGCCACAGGAUCAGCUUUCUGCCCUGCAGUUGCUGGUUUAUCUGAUGCCACCCUGCCACAGUGAUACCUUGGAGCGUCUGCUGAAGGCCCUGCAUAAGAUCACUGAGAACUGCGAGGACUCCAUUGGCAUUGAUGGACAGUUGGUUUCAGGCAACCGUAUGACUUCCACCAACUUGGCUCUGGUGUUUGGAUCUGCUCUCCUGAAGAAGGGGAGAUUUGCCAAGAGGGAGUCUAGGAAAACAAGACUGGGGAUUGACCACUAUGUUGCUUCUGUCAAUGUGGUCCGUGCCAUGAUUGAUAACUGGGAUAUCCUCUUCCAGGUGCCUCCCCAUAUUCAGAAGCAGGUUGCUAAGCGUGUGUGGAAAUCCAGUCCUGAAGCCCUGGAUUUUAUCAGACGCAGGAAUUUGAGGAAGAUACAGAGUGCACGAAUAAAGAUGGAAGAGGAUGCUUUACUUUCUGAUCCAGUGGAAACUUCUGCUGAAGCCCGGGCUGCUGUCCUUGCUCAGAGCAAGCCCUUUGAUGAAGGUUCCUCUGAGGAGCCAGCUGUGCCUCCCGGCACUGCCCGUUCCCAUGACGAUGAGGAAGGAGCGGGUAACCCCCCCAUUCCGGAGCAAGACCGCCCAUUGCUCCGUGUGCCCCGGGAGAAGGAGGCCAAAACUGGCAUCGGCUACUUCUUUCCUUAGAUGUUUUUCCUUCUAUAAGGUGCCGGACAGGGGAAAAGGGUGGGGGUAGACCUGGGAUGUCA